AUGUCAUCCGCAGUAGCAGAGCUGGACAACUAUCUCCAGUCCAUGCUGGCCCUCAAGGCUCCGGGAGUUUCGGGCUCUAAAAUCAACAGUAUAACAUCACUGUGCACAGCCAAUGUUCAGAACGAAUCCGUCCUUAUUCAGAAAAUCUACACACACUUCAAGAAAGCACCGGGCACACACAAGUUGGGCGUACUCUAUGUCGUAGAUUCAGUAACUCGACAAUGGGUAGAUGCAGCGCGCAAGGCAGGACAACCUUCUGGGAAUGCUGCUCCUGACGGAACCUUUGCCGCUGGUGUUAACAGAGUGACUGAAUUGUUACCCGUCUUGAUGACUGAUAUCAUAAACAAUGCGCCAGAAGAUCAAAAGGAAAAAAUCAAGAAGCUAGUCGACAUUUGGGAACGUGGAUACACUUUCCCCGCUCCCAUGCUUGCGUCCUUCAAGCAAAAGCUAAAUGCGCCUGCAUCCAACAAUGUUGAAUCGACUACCCCAGAAGGCUCACCAGCACAAAACCACACCUUUCUAGGAGGUCUGCAGCAACAGCAAGCACCACCAGCUAAUGGCGCAGGUUCGACUACCCCAGGACAGCCAGCACCAGACACGUCAAGUAUCCUGAAAGCCCUAGCGGAUAUGGCCAAGCAGAACACCGCUGCUCCGGCUGCUCCGGCUGCAGCCGCGCCAGUUAACCCUCUUGCUGCAUUAAGCCAGCAAAGUACAGUUCCGCAGCCGGCGUCUUCUUCCGUAGACCAGGCUUUACAAUCCCAGGCUGGACAGCCUGGCGUAAACCCAUAUGGUGCGGUGGCAACCCCUUUCGCAGCUUUAGGUAAUUUGGCUCAGAAUCCAACGCUGGUCCAGCCUCAAAGUCAGAGUCAUACACCGAAUCCAUUGGCAGCUGCUCAAAACCCGCUGGCUGCGCUUCUGCCCCAGGCCACCGCUCCGCCAGCUCAACCUCCCAGCAUGACCCCGGAUGGAUUGCAGCAACAGCUCCAGCUUUUGCAGAUGCUGGCAGCACAGGGAAUCCCUCAGGAUCAGUGGGCCACCGCCCUACAACUUCUUACUCUUUCCAACCCUGCCGGCAUGCCCAAUCUCAAUGCCGGCCAAGCCCCUGGCUUUAACCUCCCCGGUCAGAACGCCAAUGCAUGGGGUGGUCAUCCUGAUGGACAGUCACGGGAUUUUGGCGAGCGCGAUCGUGAUUACAUGCGUUCUCCUAGCGGAUAUCGUCGUCGCUCUCGUUCUCCCGGGUGGGACAGGCGCCGUGAUGCGUCCCCACCACGUCGCCGCGAUAGCCCGGUCUAUGGAGAAUACCACGGCGAUUCCCCUGGCCGUAGGGGCGCGGAUCCACGUGGUCGACGAGGAAACGACUAUCGUCAACGCAGUCCUCCCGGGCGUAGACGCCGAUCUCCCUCUCCCCCGCACAAGGACCCAGCACUCCCUCCUCCAGGCCCCAAAUUCAUCGAAUGGGACUAUUCAGUCGGCCAAGGCAGUAUCAAAGUUCUGAGCCGUACACUUUUUGUCGGUGGUGUAACCUCCUCUGAGGCCCAUUUGCGCUCUCUCUUCGCCAAGUUUGGUAUUGUCCAAACUUGCAUUGUGAACACUGACAAGCGCCAUGCAUUUAUCAAAAUGGUUAGUCGGCAAGAUGCCAUCGCUGCUCGCGAAGGGAUGGAAUCAUAUAAAACCGGGGACAUGCAGCUCCGAACACGUUGGGGUGUCGGAUUUGGGCCCCGUGACUGCAGCGACUAUCAGACUGGAAUCAGUAUAAUUCCCGUCGAUAGGCUAACAGAGGCGGACCGAAAGUGGAUGCUUACUGCAGAGUAUGGCGGUACUGGUGGAAGACCCAUUGAGUCAGGCAUGAUCGUUGAAGAGCCAGACAUUGAAAUCGGCGCUGGCGUGUCCUCGAAAGCAAUCAGUAGACGAAUCGCAACCGACACCGGGGGCAAACGUGGCCCAGUUUCGACGCGUGUACAACAUGAUCGUCCUCCUCGCCGUGAGCGCGAAGGGCCCCAAAUGGCAGACCCGUCAAGCGUCAACAACGUCGGCGUUCCCCCAGCAGUACCCGGUUUCGGCUUUUCCUUCCCCGGCAUGCCGAUGUUCCCUCCCGGCUUCAUGAUGGGUGGUGCGCAGUCUGGAGCUGGCAGUGCAACACAACCCCCACCUCCUGGCCAGUAA